AUGAGGGCAUUGGAUAAGGCCUGGGAUAAAUGGCCAAGAAAAAAAGAUAUGUUGCCUUCUCUUUUUCUGGAGCAGGGCUUGCUCGUAGCUCCCUGUGGAUAUAAAAAGGGGGAUGAAGGGUGGAAAACAUUUAAGAAGCAACACUUGAGGGCACACUCACUAGAUCUUCCUGGCCGUAAUUCAGGACUUGGGUGCAAAAAGGGGUGUCAUGCUGGUUUUGUGGUGCCAUGUUGUGGCUGUGAUGUUCCUGGUCGAUUUCCAAGGGUGGUGAUAACUAAUAGGCCUUCAUGCGCUCCAGGAUUGGGUGAGGCAGCUGCUGCUUUUGUUUCCUUCACAGAUGCUUCCCCACUUUUAGUCUCAUCCUUGGUGAGGAGAGGGUUAUCGCCAAAAAUAUUUGUUUUGGAAUCUGUUAUCCCUUGUCCUACCUCCCUUGCACAGAAUGCAGCCUACCUAGCAACACAAGGAUUAGGCGUUACUGAUGCAGUCCUCAAUGCCAUUAGUGAAUCUGGGUUCAAUAAUCAGACUGUCAAGAAAGUUAUGAUCCAGUCUACCAAUAGCUCGGUUCUGAUCAAAUUCAAGGAGAAAAGCAACUAUGAGCUUGUUUACAGGGUUGAUGAGAAUAUCCGCGACGCCUUGAACGACACCAUUUUAGAACUCAGGAAGUUCGCGAACUCUGUGGUCAUAAGCAAGUCUUCUGUCUUCCCCAAUGACAUGGAAUAUUCCACUGGUGUGGUUACAGAUGUCGUGUCGAAGCUGCAAGCAUUCAACCUCCCUGCCUAUGUACAACUCUUUAGCAAUGAGUUUGUAUCUCAAGCAUGGGACUUCUUGUCAGAUCCAUAUGUGGAGAUUAACACAUUUGUAAUGACAGUUGGCAAUGAUGGUGUCAUUACCGACUACCCUGCGACGGCUGCUAAGUACAGAAGGAACCGAUGUCUAGGUUUGGGCAAUAGUACACCACCUUACAUGGCCCCUACUGACCCUGGCUUCAUCAUGCAACUCAUUCCUACUCCGUUUUUGCCACCAGCCGAGGCUCCCAACCCAAUCCUGACGGAGGCUGAUGUGGUCGAGCCUCCUCUGCCUCCUGUUGGGGUGAAAGCCCCUCCUCCUAGCACUGGCGGCAGGACUCCAGCGAUUCUUCCCCCACCACCUAAUGGGCAGCCUAAAGUUGUUGCAAAGACUUUUCUGUCUACUCUGGCUUUUCUCCUUGCAACAUUUUUGCUGUUAUGA